GUGUGAGGUAUUGUUUGGAUCUGAGGUUAUUGGUUACAUAGGUUGAUGGAGAGAAAGUUCUGGGCUUUAGGUUUCAUUUGGUGGGUCUUGUUGGUUCAUCCACCAUGGCUGAUUUCUGCUAACAUGGAAGGUGAUGCUUUACAUAGUCUGAGGACAAAUUUACUAGAUCCUAAUAAUGUUUUGCAAAGUUGGGAUCCUACACUUGUGAAUCCAUGCACAUGGUUUCAUGUAACUUGCAACAAUGAUAAUAGUGUCAUAAGGGUUGAUUUGGGAAAUGCUGCUUUGUCUGGUCAACUUGUUCCACAACUUGGUCAGCUCAAGAAUUUGCAGUAUUUGGAACUUUACAGCAAUAACAUUACUGGUCCUAUUCCAAGUGACCUGGGGAAUCUUACUAACUUGGUGAGCUUGGAUCUGUACCUAAACCGUUUCACUGGCCCUAUCCCAGAUUCAUUGGGCAAAUUGUCAAAAUUGCGUUUCCUCCGGCUUAACAACAACAGUCUGACGGGUCUUAUUCCCAUGACAUUGACUAAUAUUUCAUCUCUGCAAGUUCUGGAUUUGUCUAAUAACCGUCUAUCAGGCGUGGUUCCUGAUAAUGGCUCUUUUUCAUUAUUCACUCCUAUCAGUUUUGCAAACAACUUGGAUCUUUGUGGCCCGGUCACUGGGCACCCUUGUCCUGGCUCUCCUCCAUUUUCUCCUCCACCUCCUUUUGUCCCUCCACCCCCAAUUUCUCCCCCAGGUAAUAUUUGUUCUAUUGCAAUUGCUCUUGGAGGUAAUAGUGCCACUGGGGCAAUAGCUGGAGGAGUUGCAGCAGGUGCUGCUCUAUUAUUUGCUGCACCUGCAAUUGCUUUUGCAUGGUGGCGUCGAAGGAAACCGCAAGAAUUUUUCUUUGACGUUCCUGCUGAAGAGGAUCCUGAAGUCCAUCUUGGACAGCUUAAGAGGUUCUCACUACGAGAACUGCAAGUUGCGACAGAUAGUUUCAGCAAUAAGAAUAUUCUUGGGAGGGGAGGAUUUGGUAAAGUGUACAAAGGACGCUUGGCAGAUGGUUCAUUGGUGGCUGUUAAAAGAUUGAAAGAGGAGCGCACUCCUGGUGGAGAGCUUCAGUUUCAGACUGAAGUAGAGAUGAUUAGCAUGGCUGUGCAUAGAAAUCUCCUCCGUCUGCGGGGGUUCUGUAUGACACCAACAGAAAGGCUACUUGUUUAUCCCUACAUGGCUAAUGGAAGUGUUGCGUCGUGCUUAAGAGAGCGUCCUGCUCAUCAAGAACCCCUGGAUUGGCCAACUAGAAAAAGAAUAGCUUUGGGAUCAGCAAGGGGUCUUUCAUAUUUGCAUGAUCAUUGUGACCCAAAGAUUAUUCAUCGUGAUGUGAAAGCUGCAAACAUAUUGUUGGAUGAAGAGUUUGAGGCUGUCGUUGGGGACUUUGGAUUGGCAAAACUUAUGGAUUACAAGGACACCCAUGUGACAACUGCUGUACGGGGCACAAUUGGGCAUAUAGCUCCUGAGUACCUAUCCACUGGUAAAUCUUCAGAAAAAACUGAUGUCUUUGGUUAUGGCAUCAUGCUUCUGGAGCUGAUCACUGGACAGAGAGCUUUUGACCUUGCUCGGCUUGCUAAUGAUGAUGAUGUUAUGCUGCUUGAUUGGGUCAAAGGACUUCUGAAAGAGAAAAAGCUUGAAAUGUUGGUUGAUCCUGAUCUACAUAACAACUAUAUAGAAGCUGAGGUAGAACAGUUAAUCCAGGUUGCACUGCUCUGCACACAAGGUUCCCCUAUGGAGCGACCUAAGAUGUCAGAAGUGGUGAGAAUGCUUGAAGGUGAUGGCUUGGCAGAAAGGUGGGAUGAGUGGCAAAAAGUUGAGGUUCUUCGCCAGGAGGUGGAGCUGGCCCCUCAUCCCAAUUCUGAUUGGAUUGUCGACUCGACCGAGAAUCUACAUGCAGUUGAGUUAUCUGGUCCAAGGUGACCCUGGCACAGUAGUAAGUUUAAGAAAAAAGAAUCGAAUUAUUUAUGACUUAUUUUUUAACUAUAAAAAGUUUUCUUUUUUCCUUUUGAGUUCCUUGAAGUACCAUAUCCUGAUUACAUCUCAUGUAAGUUCACUGCAUUAUAUUCAUUUACAUUUGUGCAUAGGGGUCGCUUUGUCAAGUUGCAAUUUGUAUCAUCUGCUGCAUUUGAUGAAGUGAUGUUUACUUAGAUGAAACAAUGGCAGCUUAAUCUUUUUGUACACCCAUGUUUUAUACUUGUUCAAUCUAUAAUUUAUACCUUAAUCUC